AAUUAUGCAAUGCCACUGUUCACAGUCCACACACCUGUAAUGUAUGCCGUGAGGAGAUGAAGGUCACGUUUGCACACAGGUAUUUCUCAUCGCUGGGAUUUCCCAAAUGAGAAAUACACGUACAGAUACACGGUGCCUGUCAUUCCCAUGAUAAAGACUGCCAUUUCAUGAUAUGACAAUGAGAGAGGAUAGGCGGGAAACAAGGAGGACGCAAACUCACGGUGCAAUUACUAGUGCAUGCAUAUACUUCUUGGUGUGAGCAGCAACAAACCAGCAAAUAUCUAAAGAUAGCCAUUGACAAGUAUGGAUGUCAAACCAGGCCACUGCUGGCGUUGUGAGAAACUGCUUCCAGAGCACGCUGUGAGAUGUGAUCGCUGCCCAAAGGCCAUGUACUGCAGUGAUCCAUGCAAGAAACGAGACCGUGUCAGGCACGGUGCCGUGGAAUGUCAGGUGUUUGGGCCCCAAAGUUGCAGUCAUUGCGAGAAAACGGGAGAUUUGAAACAGUGUUCAGCAUGCAACAAUGCCUGGUACUGCGAUGCUAAAUGCCAAAGGAAGAACUGGGCAGCUCACAAGAGCGACUGCAAAAGCAUCCAGGAAUUUAUUGAAGAUCUCUCUCAUGAACUGACUAAACAGUACACUGAACUUGUAAAGCAUGAUGUUACUCACACUCGGGAAAGAGUCCUGGACCCUCCGUAUUACUUUGGCAGCACGAUGGCCUAUGAUUUCCUUCAACUUGAGCAGAAUGAAUGGGCAGAUGGAAUCAACGAAGAAGAGACAGCACGCGACUUCAACAUCCUCUCAGCUGGAUGCGGAGAUCUACGGAACACUGUGCUGACGGCUGCUUCCUUGCCUGCAAAGUACCGGGGAAAACUGUCUAUUGUGCUGAAUGACUUGGACCCUUACGUCAUGGCUAGGAAUGUCCUGUUCCUUUACAUGAUGAUUCGACAUUCAGACAGUGCUGGCAUUGCCACCAGCUUGGCCACAAUUUGGUAUUCUCUUCACAUCUCCAAGACUGACUACAACCUGAUCAAGGCCAACCUGGAGAAACUCAUCCAAGCCGAUGCCAAGAGCCUUCAAGAAGUCACAAGAGGGUCCGUGGUCAUCAGCAACAAGGAUCUCGCUGAACUCCGUAAAGUCUGGCAUGGAUGGAACUCCCUGCAAUGUGAACGCAUCAAAAGUUCCUCCAUCAACCUAAACAAGCAAAGACAGGCUGUACUUGAGGAAAUUCCUUUUUUUGGCCAUGAAUUACAGCUUUGCUAUGAGAGACUGACUCCAAAGGAAGCUGACGAUUUAAAGAAGUGGUUCCAACAUGGCCUGUUCCUUCCCGAUAACUCACUGGGCAGACUGCCAUUCAACAACCCAACUCUCACAGGAAGAAAACAACAAAUUAUUGGUGCAGGUACGAUGGUGACUGAAGAUUUUGUUUACUGCAUUCAUCGCAAUCUCACACCUUUCACAGCUUGGGACUGUCUGCAAGUUAGACAAUCAACAGAGGGGACAACCUUUUCCACCACGGCCAUGUACCACAAUUAUGUGGUCCAGCAGUUGCAGAAAACAAUAAUCCUAUUCGCUCAAGGCAGGCUCCACAUUCACAUUCUGGUUUCCAGUUUCCUUGAUGUUCCACACCACCAUCAAGCCCUCCAAAUGGCCAAGUUUGACCGAAUCUUUACAUCCAACCUGGCUGACUAUGUUGGCUUCCGCAAGCUCCUCAAAGUUCUUGGGUCACUGGUGAAUCCAAACAACAAGAAUGCCAGGCUUGUUACUGAGACAAUGAACUGGAUAUCACUUCAUGUACCAGAGCCAAACAUAUGGGGCAGCUUCUCUGACAUAGAUAUUCAUGAAUUGACCAAAGAAACAAUGCAGCUCUGCAAAGAUGACACAGGAAAGGAGCUUUCAAGUCCCUUGGCCAUCAGCCACCAGCUGGAGUAUUUUAACAACACUCACUGGUUUCUGGCAUAUCUACGAGCAAACAUGAUGGCUGGCAGCUUACACAUCCCGGAGCUGGAUCACACCCCAUCUCUCAAGGAGGCCAUGAAGUGUGAGGGGUUGCAAAUGCAUGACUUCCGGGAGGAGAUCAACAGACUGGUGCCGUUUCAGUUUCGGGUGAAUGCCAGGAGCCUCACUUCACCGACUGGGGCACAGAGAGCAGUUGAAUGGUUCAUACCAUCUGACCAUCGAGCGUGAGAGACUGGUGGGGCGGACAAUAAAUAAGCACUCACAUAAAACACUGUCAUCAAAAGGAAUAUGUCAUAACACCCAACGGCGCAAUGCCAUUUCAGAACACUAGGCAAUUUGUGCUUUCUCAAAAUCCACAUUGUACAUGUACAAUACUGGGAAAUUAAAUUUUACUACAUGUACAUCAGUCUUUCUGAGCAACUCUUUCACCGGAAAUGGCAAAUGACCCAUUCAAUCUUCAAGUCCAUUUAUCAAGGCCAUGAUGCCAUACAGGGUUUUGGUACUGCAAAUAGUGUGUUUUGGGCUGUUACCUGGCCUGAGGACGUAUCUUACACUUUGUUAUUAACCAUAAUGGUGAAAGGCUUGAAUCUCUGAUUAAUUUGCAUUAAUUCAUCACUGUUGGAAAUUAGAAAAUGUGUUCUAAACUUACAAAAUCAUAUGUCAGAUGUAACAGGGGCACACACACACAAACACAAAUGGAUCCCUAAUUUCUGGAAUUACCAUAAUGAGAAACCCCAUUGUACCAAUACAUUGCCCCAAAAGGUCUCUGUAACAAGCGCAUCAAUCGAUUAAAGGAAUAUACAUAAUGGGAGACUCUGAGAUGCAAGGUGGCAGCAGACAAACCGGUCCUUUUCCGCAGCUGUGCACAUGCUCAGAACUAGUGCGCAUGCCUAGAAAUGCAUGCACAUGCCCACAUCAACCAAAAAGGACCGUUGUGACUGCCACCAAUAAGCGUCUGAAAGUCUCCCAUUCUACUUGUUAACAGCAGUACUAGAGGACAGUCUACUGAUAUGAAUGCCAUACUGUAUGGUUUGCAUGGCUACCAUCUUGCAGGCCAGUGCUUUUGUUCCACAGAGUACACACAAAGGAGGUUUCCCUAUGGAACAAAAGAACUGACCCACAAGAUGGCUACCACGCAAAGCCUCUAUUGUCUCCACACCUUUGACAUGUAUGAAGCUAUAGGAUAGAAUUAUGUGUAUGUGGUAAAGAUAUUUUUUUUAAGUGCAGUGGCAAAAUAGCCAAAUUAGUUCUAAAAAGUAAAAGGUACAUUAAGUAUGCCAAACCGUUUAGUUUAGACGAGUAAACAAAAAUACCGAAGCAAAACAGUAAAAAAAAAGUGUACUAUGUAAAUGUAGAGGCAACUACUUGAGUUUUACAUUUCAAUCCAAGUGGAAUCUUUCUCAAAUGCCAUAUAUUCAGUGAGGACACUUCAGCAAGAGUCGUACUGGUAGUAAUACAGAAAAAGUUCAAGUUGUGCUAAAGUACUUCAUUUUUCAAUG